AUGGCAGCAGCAGCGUCUCCUUCGGCGCUGCCAAGCAGCGGCCCCUCGUCGUCCAAUGUUGCUAGGGAAGCAGCCGCAACAGCAAAAGCAGGCAAGAUCCCGCCGUACGCAACACUGGCAUUUGGCGCCGUAUCGGGUUUUGCUUCGUGCGUCUUGCUGCAGCCAUUUGACCUGCUCAAGACGCGGCUUCAGCAGUUGGACCACCACACUGCAUCCGGAGGCGCAGCGUCCGAAUCGAUGGCCUCGCUCAAGUACCAGUCGCGCACGCAGCGGCUCAUCGGCAUCACCAAGAACAUCGUCCAGUCGCAGGGAUAUCAGGGUCUUUGGCGCGGUACGACGCCGACGGUCAUUCGAAAUGUGCCCGGUGUGGCGUUGUACUUUUACUCGGUGUCGCACUUGCGCCACGUCGCGAGCCAACGGCAGAUCCCGUUCAUCUCGGUCGUGGCGACAACAGGCGACUCGGCUGCGGGAUCGUCUACGCUCGCCAAGCUUUCGACUACGGGCAACCUGCUGACGGGAGCAGUGGCGCGUGUGGCGGUGGGAUUCAUGCUCUCGCCAGUGACGGUGGUCAAGGCGCGGUUUGAGAGCAGCAACUUUUCGGCGGCUACCGAGCGCACGCUCCUGUCGUCCAUGCGCGAGAUCCGCGCCCAGUCGGGCUUUGCCGGAUUCUUCCAGGGCUUCACUGCGACGGCGCUGCGCGACGCACCCUACGCCGGACUCUACCUCGCGCUGUACGAGGCGUGCAAGACGAACCUCUCGGCGCUUUCGAAGGGUGUCGAUGGCGGAUUGGGCACAGGCAAUUGGAUGGUGGUCAGUGGCAGCGGCCUGCUGGCCGGAACGCUGGCGACAUUCUUGACACAUCCGUUUGAUAUCAUCAAGACACGCAUGCAGACAACACCGCCAGAAGCACUGCACCAGAUCGCGCUCACCCACAAUCCACUGCCGGUCACAUCGGCCGCAACAGCCACGCUUCGGACGCCGUCGGUGUGGGGGAUGACCAAGCAUCUCUGGGCGACAUCCGGACCAAAGGCGCUGCUAGAUGGGUUGGGACUGCGCUGCGCGAGAAAGGCAGCGAGCUCGGCUAUUGGGUGGAGCAUCUUUGAGGGUGGACGCUCGUGGUACACGGAUCGCCAGCUGCGCAUAGCAGCCGCCACCCACACAACAAGGACGCUAGAUCACAAACAGGUAUAA